AUGCACGGCAAAGGCAGCGUCACCAAAGUCCACUACAAGGGCCAAGGAGGUGCGAAGUCCUCCGACCACCCUGAGGACUUCAUCGUCAUUGUUGAGAGCGGCGAUGCCGUGAGGAAGUGGAAGCACGACAAGACCACGGCUUUGACCGAUGUGGUCGAUAGCUUUGAUGUCUUCGUUACGCACAAACACGGCAACCAAGGCCAGAUGGAUCGGGCUUCAAAGGGUCAGCUUGAGGCGGAGUUUGGCAGCAGCAAGGACACAGAUGUUGUUCAGAAGAUAUUGGAGAGUGGAAACAUUAUUGAAGGGUCGAACAAAGAGUCGAAGGGCGUGACGAAUGUUAGCAAUGGUGGUGGUGUGAGGGAGUAG